AUGGGUAAAUGAAGUAAGGGGGAAGGGGGGUGGAGAAAAAGCAGCAUUUUUCAGGCAGUGAGUAGUUAGGGUCUGGAACUCCUGAGGCAAUAUUUACUGAGACAUUGUCCGUUAUUCGGAUAGAAACGUGGUGCAAGGAUUUGGGGGAAAAUGCAGGAGGUUGGCACCAGGUGAUAGCACCAGUACAGGGGAAGGAGACGGGCCGAAUGGCUUCCUCCCGCCCUAUGAUUCCCUUCAGGGUGGUGUGACCCAACUCAGGAAAAGGUAGGACUUGAACCCAGGUUCUUCUAUCCCAGAGAACAGCUGCCCUACCAACCCCAUCUAGCACACAGUUUUAAGAAAGACUUUAACCGUUUGAAUUCACAGUAGCAAUGGCAACUAAACAGUGUGAAAAGGAGAUGUUGCAGCAAGUAAAUCAACUAUGGAGUCUGCUGGAUGAUAUGUCUGAAAACAGCCCCGAAGCAUAUCAAAAAUUUAUCCAGCAUCACCUAGAAGAGGGAAUGAAGCAGUUCAGUCCACCAGAGGCUUACAUCUGCUUUCAGACAAGAAUAUUGGAAUUGAAUGAGAAGUUACUGUAUGUAAAUCUUUGCACCUGGAGUAGGGUCCCUGCUCCAAAGUCAGAAUCAGAUCCAGUGCCUCUUGAUGGAGGGAGGUUGGAAGAAACUGUAGAGGGCACAGAGAUUUAUUCAGUUACCGAUGUUGCAUACAACCCAGAAGUUCUUAAGAAAGGAAAUGAAGAUCCUGUGGAAAAGGACCAAUUGAUUCGUUUAGCUAUAAAAUAUAUUGAAGAGCAGCAUUGUGUACAACUAUCACACUCUUACACCCUACUGAAAGACAGACUAAAAGGAAGUGAAAAACAGAUGAAGCGACGACUGACAGGAAAGGCUGACCCUAUGCAAACUGCCAAGCAAAUGUCAUCAGGAGAAAGUGGUGUCUCACUGCUUCAGCAACUGGCAAUGCUCAAAUCAGCAGACGAGGAAAAUGAAGAAAAUAAUCCCCCAAUUUGUUUGCCGAGUGAUAUCAAACAUCCUAAGAAACCAGGACUCAUUGAAGAGAUUUCAAGUACAGAAUUUGACAGUGGCAUUAAAGUAGAGACUCCAAAGUAUGAAUUAUUGCUCAUUAAAGAUGAAAACGCAAAGGCAAAAAUAAUUCAAUUGACGGUCGAGCUGCCUGGAGUGUUCUCUGUCAAAGAGUGUGAUCUCAGUGUUUCAAAGGAUGACCUUGUUAUUGAUGUAGCCGAGAAGUACAGACUGCAGCUUGAUCUACCUGAAACUAUUAGUGAAGACACUGUCACUGCAAAAUUCAACAAAAAGUCUCACAUCCUGUCUGUGGAGAUGCCUAUCAAAUAACCAUUAAAUCUCUCAAUGAAAUAUAUACGUUUUACAUUUAAUUAAAACAGAGCAAUACCAAAUUUAA